UCUAACCGACUGGGGUAACGGCUGGCGCUCGCGGACAUGACGCAGUCAACCGAUGGCAAGGCUCUGGUAUUGGGCUUGUUGGCAGGGGUGGGUAUCGGGGCGGCCGGCCUCACGCUGGCGGUCGCCUGGUACCGAAGGACCAAAGAGAACGAAAGCAGCAUCUCCGCUGCGAGGAGUCGGGUUGAGUUUCGCAACCGUUUAAAAGCCUCCGGGCCCAGGAUCCCCUCGCCGCGUCAGGCCGACAUCUUGGAGACGCUCAGUGAGCUGAUCCGUAGCCUGGAGGAGGUGAAGGACGAGGUACAAAGCCUAAAGGAGGCCGUGCCUCGCCUGGAGGAACGAGUGCGGAAAGAACUUAGUGAGCUCGGGCCGGAGCGGAGUCCGAGAAAAGCGGCCAGGAAGAGAAAGAGAAGCGAGCGAGUCUUGGAGGAUGGAGAUGGAGAUGUAGAUGUUUCCGCUGUUGGUUUUGGUUCUGUCAGCUCCGAGGAGGUGGAGAGUGAAGGCGGCUAUAUCACAGCACAUACAGAUACAGAAGAAGAAUCUGAAGAGGAAAAGGUGAUAUGUUCAACAUUUGGAUCUCCACUACAAGAAGACAGCCAGGCCAGGGAAUUUAAUGUCCUCAUCCAGAAAGCAGAUAACCUACAUGAUAAUCCAGAACUGGAUAAGGAAGAAGGAUUCCAAUUACUGUUAGGAAAAAAAGACCAGUUUUGGGACCAAGUGGAAUUUCUAUGGCGAUUAGCACGGGCAUAUGCUGAUAUGCAUGACAUAGCAGUGGAUGUAGAAGACAAGAAAAACUAUGCAGUAAUUGAUCAGGCAACUUUACUCUGGUCAAGGCAUUUUCCUGAGGAACAAACCAAGAAAUGGCUGUCAAAUGUUUUUGAGUUGAAUCAGGCACAAGAUGUGUGCAUGCUUGCAAUUGUUUGUGGGCAUCUUUCUGAAUAUGGAAGUGUACAGUCCAAAAUCAAGAAUGGCACUCUUUUCAAAGAUCACAUAGACAAAGCAAUUGAGUUGAGACCACAGGACCCCAAAUUGUACCAUCUACUCGGAAGAUGGUGCUAUGCAGCCUCGAAGCUGUCAUGGCUUGAAAAAAAGGUGGCUGCAACAUUGUUUGACGAACCACCAAAUUCAACCAUACAGGAAGCUUUGCAAUGUUUCCUCAAGGUGGAAGAACUACAUCCAAGGUAUUCCAAAACUAAUUGUGUAUACAUAACAAAGUGUUACAGAGAACUUGGCCAAACCAACAAUGCACAAAUGUGGUGUGACACAGCAGCAUCCUUUCCCUACAAUGCAAAGCAUUGGGACCAAUAUGGAGCAUGAUUGUUGGUUGAUCACAUUCAUGCUUCCAAGCUCUCUGAAAUGCUCAGUGACAUCUUUAAACCUGGCUGCAGAAAAGGCAACAAUUCACCCGAGAUCCACAUUUGCAGCUAUCAAACACAUUCCUGAGCUCCUUUUUUAAAAUUUUUGAUACAGGUGAGGAUUAAGGGAGAAAGUGAGAAGUGUUUUCAAAGAUUGAUAGUGAUAGAAAAAGGAAGCUUUUGGUUAUUUUUGCAUUCCAAAGUUAUCCUGGAAAAGUGAGCAGUUUUGGAAGAGAAAAGGACAUGAUAUAGGCUUGAAUAACUAUGUAAAAUGGUUUUGUUGCCUCAAUCAAGUUGCAAUGAAAAAGACAAUGGAUCUCAUGCCCUUGGAUUAGAAAGUACAUGUUUGCUUACAUUCUGCUUCCCCUCAGAAUCAUGGGCUUUCACCAGUGGCUGUUGGUGGUUGAAGUCCAUCACUAAUACCAAUGGUUACAGGUGUUUAUUCUCAUUUGACUGAAAUCAGACUACAUGUGAGUGUAUAAUGAGAGAGGUUAACGUGAAGUACAUGAUGACAGUGCCUGAAAUAUUGGAAUAGCCCAAGAUAUUUUUGCACAAUCCUUUAAUUGUUCUUUAUGCAAUAUUUUGAAUUUGUAGAAAUGAUUUUAGUGAUUAACCCAUUUUUAUAUUAAGACAUUUAUUUAAUGAACGCGAAUCCUUUUGCUUUUCAGUGCGUAAAUAACUAUUCUAAAGGUAUGUAAUAGUAUUUCAAUGCCAAAUUGAAAGAGUCAACUUUCACUUCCUGUUUUAUGGCAUUGAGAAAAACCAAAUAUUAUAAAUUGCUCCAGAUCAACAAUUGAAAUUUAUUUAUUCCUGCAACCUGAAACUAAUGUAUAGGUAUAAAUAUAAAUUAAUAGAAAUAGAUAGGUGAAAGUGAGUACUGCAGAUGCUGGAGAUUACAGUCAAGAGUAUGGUGCUGGAAAAGCACAGCAGGUCAGGAGCAGGAAAAUCAACAUUUCGGGCAAAAGGCCUUCAUCAGGAAGAUAGCACAAACUUUGUUAAUGUGACCAUAUGGAGAAUAAUUGAAAAAUGAGUAUCAUGUAACAGUUACUGUUUGAAGUGUAGAUUUCUGACCAUAUACCUGAGAGAGUCCAUUUGGUCAAUCUUGGCUAAUUCAUCCAGAAAACAGAGACCUUCCAUCAUUCUCUUGCCAUGAUCUUGUUGAGUUGAGAUAAGUGUGUGGUUUUUACUUCUGCAACCUAAUCCAAAAGGCAAAUUGAUAAUCAAUCUUUGUGUGAUUCUUUUUGACUUAAUUUUCUUUUCACUAGCUUUAACUUGUGUUCCACUUAUUCUGUUUUGUUGGAGUUGUUGAAGUAAUAUUCAAGAUUUAACCAUUUCUCUGCUGUUUAAUAGCUUGUAAACUUCUGUAUGCUGCUGCCUAUUAUCUCUCCUUUCAAGUGUAAAGAAUUUUAAUUAUACUAGUAUUUCCAGAUAACUCAAUUAUUUGACUCUAUUGAUUAAUUUCAUUGCUAUUUCCUACAUUGUUUUCAUUACUUCAAUUUUCAUUAAUAACUUAGAGUAAAACUGAAUGUGACAUUCAACAUGCUGUCUGAGCAGAACUUGGCAUCUCCUGACUAAUCUACAGCAAAUAUGAUUAACCACUGAACACUUUUUGCUUCACAUGUUCAGGAUGAAAUUAAAUCUUUUUCCGCUUUUCCUUUAGUUAUUUAUAGAUCAUAAUAAGAAUUUCAUAUGAAUUGUUCAUGAAAAUUGGUUUCUUGCCGCUCCAUGGUCUUUGGUAAUUUGGUUAUGUCCUUGAUGCUUGGUUGUUGACAUACAAGCCUUUAAUUCCUCUGACUUGCUUUUCUGCUUUACCUUAUUUGUUAUUUCAACCACAAAUUUCCUGUCUCUGCAACUCCUGUAGAUUUUUCUGCAUGCUUGCUAUCUCGGUGCUCAGUCCACUUCUCUACUUGUUCCCUUUUUCCACCUUGGCAAAUGUUCACUUCUUUCUAUCAAUGUGAAGUACUUGGAAAUAAAACUAUUUCUUAUAUAGUUAGGUUUAUAAUAUCCAAUAGAAAAUGUGAACAAGAUAUUAGGAAGUGCUUAUCAAAUGCAAAGCAAGCUUUCACUAAAAUGUAAGACCUUUUUAACAAUAAGACCAUCUCUAUGGAAAGCAGAAUGCUAUUGUUAAAAUAUUACAUCUGGUCAACAUUAUAAAGUUGGUGAAGUUUGAAAAUGAAAUAAUGGGUGAUAAAUUGAAGGUCUCAGAGAUUGUUUUUCUGAGAUUAUGUUGAGGGUUAGUUGGAAAAUAACUCAACUAACAAGGGUGUUUUAAGAAAAGUGAACACGCAGGAGAACAUUUACAAAUGAUUGCCAGAGAACAAUUGUAAUUCCUUGGCCAUUGACUUAAGAGAAAACCUAGAAUAUUUGAUAGUGAUUGGUAAAAUUGAGGGCAGCAGAGCAAGAAGGAAACAAUGCAGACCAGCUGCUUAAUAAACAGUACAAGUACAAGAUUUGAGAACAUCACCAAGAUAUUGGUUAUUAUUAGAGACUGUGAGCCAUGUUCACUAAUGUUGUGAAAUGUGACAACCGAAGAAGAAGCACUUAGAAACCUCUUCCUAUACAUUAGUAUGAUAAAAGUAAUAUUGCUAUAUAGGAAUAUGCCAGUAUACAGUAAGUGAGUUUAAACUUUUUAUUCAUUUCUGGGAUGUGAGCAUCACUGGCUGGGCCAAUAUUUUAUCACCUGACUUGGUUGCUCUUGAGAAGGUGGUGGUGAACUGCCAACUUGAACUGCUGCAGUCCAUGGUAGACCCACAAUACCAUUAGGGAAGAAGUUCCAGGGCUUUAACCCAACAACACUGAAGUAUUGAUUAAGCAUUCUUAUGUAUACUGUCCUCUCCU